CACUCGCACAAACCAUAACAACGCGACUGGCGGGAAGUGCACGUCACCCACCACAUUGGGGCGGGAUCUUGUGCCCAAACCAGAGCUCGUGACCCCGCGGGGGACUUCGUUACAUCAGGACAUUCGAUCUGAGCUAAUUACGCUAGCGGCGUGACAGCUUCACGCACGGCGUUCGGUCUUUCGGUCCGGUGGUCGGUCGUUUAGGGCGCAGCGGCAGCAAAGAUGGCGAGCACAGCUAUUGUCGUCAUUUUGGAGAAGAUAACGAGCAAGGACAAGGACUUUCGCUACAUGGCGACGUCCGACCUGCUCCAUGAGCUGCAGAAGGACACGUUCAAGGUGGACUCGGAGCAGGAGCGCAAGCUCUGCAACGUGAUCCUCACGCAGCUGGAGGACCCCUCGGGCGAUAUCUCCAACCUGGCCGUGAGCUGCCUGGGCCACCUGGCUCGCAAGGUGGCGGAGUCGCGGGCCGAGGACCUGGUGCGGCAGCUGUGCGACAAGGUGGCCGGCGGCGCGGCGGGCGGCGCGGGCGGCUCCGGCGCCGCCACCAGCGCCGCCGCCAGCAAGGCGCGCGACGCCCAGCGCGAGAUCGCCUCCAUCGGCCUCAAGGCGCUGCUGAAGGAGCUGGCCGCCUCCGCCGCGCCCGGCCUGGCCGCCUCCGCCGCCGCCAUCAUCGCCGGACGCAUGUUGGACGGACUGCAGGCGCACAAGGACGACGCGGACGUGACGGGCCAUGUGCUGGACAUCCUGGCGGAGCUCAUCAGUCGCGGCGGCGGGCUGCUGCCGGCGGACAUCCAGGGCCGCGUGCGGGACGCGCUGCUGGCGGCGCUGAUGGGCGAGGGCCGACUGCUGCUGCGCAAGAAGGCGCUGCAGGGGCUGGCCGCCCUGUCCGUGUACCUGACUGACGACGCGCUGGCGGGUGUGGUGGGGCCGCUGCUGGCGGCGCUGCAGCAGCAGCCGGGCGUCAAGGCCGACUUCGCGCGCACCUACGUGCAGGCUGUGGGGCAGGUCAGCCGCGCUGUGGGCUACCGCUUCGGCCGCUACCUGUCUGUGGCGGUGCCGCUGGCGGUGCGCCACUGCGACCAGGCGGCGGAGGGAGACGACGAGCUGCGGGAGCACUGCCUGCAGGCUCUGGAGGGCUUUGUGCUGCGCUGCCCGCACGACACGCGGCCGCUGCUGGAGCCGGUGCUGGCGGCGGCGCUGCGCUACCUGAGGUACGACCCCAACUUCGCCGCCGAUGACGACGACGACGGGGAGGAGGGCGGCGGCGGUGACGACGACGACAUGAGCGGCGGGGACGAGGACGAGGACGCGGACGGGGAUGACGGCGACGAGUACUCGGACGACGAAGACAUGAGCUGGAAGGUCCGCCGCGCCGCCACGCGCAUCCUUGUGGCCCUCAUCGGCCGCUACCCCGACCAGCUGCCUCCGCUGUACCGCGCCGCGCUGCCCGAGCUGGUGGGCCGCUUCGAGCGCGAGCGCGAGGAGGGCGUCAAGGGCGACGUGUUCGCCGCGGUGGGGGAGCUGCUGGCGCAGGUGGGCACCACGGCGGGGCGCCACGGCGGCGGAGGAGGCGGAGGAGGCGAGGCGGAGGCCAGCCCUGUGUCGCUGCUGUCUGCUGACACGGCCAUGAUUGUCAAGGCCGCCGCCAAGCAGCUCAAGGACAAGAGCGCCAAGACGCGCGUGGGGGCGCUGGGCGUGCUGCGGCAGCUGGUGGCGGUGCAGGCGGCGGUGGCGGCGGCGGCGGAGGGCGGCGGCAGUGGCGGCGGCGGCGGCGCGGUGCCGGGCGCGGUGGUGGAGGUGCUGGUGCCGGGUCUACUGGCAGCGCUGAAUGACAAGUCUGGCAACACGGGUCUGAAGAUCGAGGCGCUGGCCUUCCUGCGCCUGCUGCUGGCCGCCGCGCCGCCCGCCCUGUUCCAGCCGCACGCGCAGGCGCUGGGCGGCGGCGUGUUCACGUGCGUGGCGGAGAGGUACUACAAGGUUGCGGCGGAGGCUCUGCGCUGCUGCGAGGCGCUGGUGGAGGUGCUGCGCCCCGACGCCGCCGCCCCGGUGCCGCCGGCGCUGCAGCCGCAGGUGCAGCAGCUGUAUGCGGCGGUCAUGACGCGGCUCAGCGCCACGGACCAGGACCAGGAGGUGAAGGACUGCGCCAUCAGUGCAAUGGCGGCGGCGGCGGCGCGCCUGGGAGACUGCCUCACAGCCGAGCUGCCGGGUGUGCUGCGUGUGCUGCUGGAGCGGCUGCGCAAUGAGAUCACGCGCCUCACCGCCGUCAAGGCCAUCACCACCCUGGCACAGUCGCCGCUGGUGCCGGGCGAGCUGCUGGCAACCGCGGGAGGGGCCGGAGCAGGCGCAGGAGGAGCCGGAGCAGGAGGGGGUGGGGGUGGUGGUGGUGAGGGCGGCGGUGUGGCGGGCGAGCUGACGUCCUUCCUGCGCAAGGCCAACCGGCUGCUGCGGCAGGCGUCGCUGGUGGCGCUGGAGGCCCUGGCCUCGCGCUACCCGCCCGCCUUUGACGGCGCCGUGCUGCCUGCGGCGGUGGAGGCGGCGGCGGCGCUGGUCACCGACGCUGACGUGGCGCUGGCGGCGCUGGCGCUGCGCUUCCUGGUGGGCCUCAUGGCGAUGCCGGGGGCGGCGGGCGGCGCGGCGGCGGCGGCGGUGGCGGACAAAGCGCGCGCGCCGGCGCUGGGGCUGGUGCGCAGCCCGCUGCUGCAGGGCGGGGCUCUGGAGGUGUUGGAGUCCUUCUUCGCGGCACUGGCGGCGGCCAGCGGCCAGUCCUCCGACCAGCUGCUGGCGCUGCUGCUGGAGGCCGGCCGCGCCGAGGCCGCCGCCGCCGCCACCGGCGCCGCCGCCGCCGCCGGCAGCGCCAGCAAGCAGGCGCAGCACAGCGUGGCACGAUGCGUGGCGGCGCUGGCCACCGCGCCCGCCGCCGCCGCCGCCGCCGCCGCCGGCUCUGGCGGCUCCAAGGUGGCGGCGACUGUGGAGAUGCUGCUGGCCACUGUCAACAGCGCCAAGGACCCGGGCUCCCAGCGGCUGGCGCUGCUGUGCCUGGGCGAGAUCGGCGGCCGCUCCGAUCUGUCCACCCUGCCCGCAGUGGCCGCCGCCGCCGCCGCCGCACUGGCGGCGCCCGCCUCGCCCGAGGAGGUCCGCGCCGCCGCCAGUCACGCGCUGGGCGGCGUCACACGUGGCAACCUGUGCCACUUCAUGCCGGGGCUGCUGGGCCAGAUCGGCGGCGCGGCGGCGGCGCCCAAGCAGCAGUACCUGCUGCUUCAGGCUCUGAACGACGUGAUCACCACACUGGCGGCCCCCGGCAACGCCGCCAAGGCCGCAGAGCUGGGGCCGGAGGUGGCGGACCAGGUGCUGGCCCUGCUGCUGGGCGCUGCUGAGGCUGAGGAGGAGUGCCGGGCUGUGGUGGCGGAGUGCUGCGGGCGGCUGGCGCUGCUGCACCCGGGCAAGGUGCUGCCGGCACUGCUGGAGCGCACACAGGCGCCCAGCGCCAACAUGCGGGCCGUGGUUGUGUCUGCAGUCAAGUACGCGGUGGUGGACCGGCCGCACCCAGUGGACGGCGCGCUGGGGCCGGUGCUGCUGGACUUCCUGCGCCUCAUGGGAGACGGCGACAGACACGUGCGCCGGGCCGCGGUUGUUGCCCUGUCGGGCUGCGCGCACGCCAAGCCCGGCCUGGUGUCGGGCGGGCUGCCGGCGCUGCUGCCGCUGCUGUACGCCCAGACGGCGGUGCGCGAGGACCUCAUUCGCGUGGUGGACCUGGGCCCCUUCAAGCACAGGAUCGACGACGGCCUGGAGCUGCGCAAGGCCGCGUUCGAGUGCCUGGACAUCCUGCACGACUGCUGCCGCGACAGGCUGCAGCCGGAGGCCUUCCUGGCAGCGCUGGAGAGCGGGCUGGGGGACCACGCAGACGUCAAGGCGCCCUGCCACACGCUGCUGUCCAAGCUGGCCGCCACGGACCCCGGCGCUGUGCUGGCGGCGGCGGAGCGGCUGGUGGCGCCGCUGCAGAAGACGCUCACCACCCGCCUCAAGAGCGACGCAGUCAAGCAGGAGAUCGACCGGCACGAGGACAUGCUGCGCUCCUGCCUGCGCUGUGUGGACGCCCUGGCGCACGUGCCGGGCGCCGACGGCAACGCCGCGUUCCAGGGCUUCCUGCGCAAGGUAGUGCUGGCCAGCCCCGGCCUCAAGGACAAGUACGCCGCCAUACAGCGCGAGAGGCUGGAGGCGGAGGCGGGCGCCGGAGAGGCCAUGGACACGGCGUGAGGGGGAGGGGGCAGAGGAGGAGGAGGUUGGGAAGGGAGGGAGGAGGCGGAAGGGAGGAGGAGGAGGAGGAGGAGGGCCACAAGGGAGUGUGAGGUGGUGUGUUUUAUUGCUGUGGCAUGGGUUGAGGAGGAGGAGAUGGGAGGGGUGUGUGCGCGUGCUGGGGGAGGGCUGUGCAGGAGCAGGGGGAGCGGGCGGCGAUGGAAUGGGAGGAGCAGGAGCGGGAGCGGGUAGCUGCGGCAGUGGGACUGGAGAGGCGUGUGCGUGUGUGUGGGAACGCAUCGGGGGGCGGGAGUUGGAGCUGGAGGAGAUGCGUGAAGCAGGAGCUGUGGGGCCACGGCAAAUGGCAUAGCCCAGUAACGUCGCCGGACAAAACAAACUUGCACUACCGUGUGUCAAACCUCGGUUGCGGUGUGCUGUCGCUGCUCGCGUGAUGUGAUGUAAAUCGCUUUGUCG